CACUGUCGUUGUGACACGGUAGCUACCAACGGAUCGGCGAGAGGCCUGAGAGCCUCGUCCGAGUCUCGACACGUAUCAGCCAUCGGAGAGAAAACACGACACACAGUUCCAGGAAAAGGUGGAGCAUCCGGCUCCCCUACGCCCCCGUAGGGCAAGGACGGCACUAGGCGGAGUCAGAUGAGGUUGGUGGGGAUUUCAGAGUCGAAGGGGAAGGUGGCGAUGGUGAAACAAGUGACACGAAGCGUCCCUCUCUUCUCCUUAAAUAUUGGGAGCAGCACUCCGAGAUGAAACCUCGUAAGACUGAGUGGUCGCGAGCAUCUCGUCAGCAUCAUCAUCAGAUGGGGAGAGGAAGAGUGGAGCUGAAGAGGAUCGAGAACAAGAUCAACCGGCAGGUAACCUUCUCGAAGCGCCGCAGCGGCCUCCUCAAGAAGGCCUACGAGCUCUCCGUCCUCUGCGACGCCGAGGUCGCCCUCAUUAUCUUCUCCAGCCGCGGCAAGCUCUUCGAGUUCGGCAGCGGCGAGGUAUGUAAAACACUUGAGCGGUAUCAAAGCUAUCGUUAUGCAUCUCAAGAAACUAAUGUGGAUUAUCAUGAAACUGAGACACAAAGCUGGUAUCAGGAAUUUUUCAAGUUGAAAGUAAAAUAUGAGUCUCUGCAACGAUCACACAGGCAUCUGCUUGGUGAGGAUCUUGGAACACUAGGUGUGAAAGAACUGCAGCAACUUGAAAAACAACUUGAUUUGGCAUUGUCUCAAUCCAGACAAACAAAGUUAAAACUAUUGAUGGAGCAGAUAGAAGAUCUCCAGAAAAAUGAGCGUCAACUGGAAGAGGUUAACAGGAAGCUAAAGGAUAAGCUUCAGGUGGAAGGCAGCUCUUCCAGGGCCAUUCAAAGGUGCUGGGAAUCCAAAUCCAUGGCUGAAGGCAAUCCCCUCCCCUUGCAUCCUUGUCCUGCGAACGCCGUCUACCCUGAACCAACUCUGCAGAUUGGGUAUUAUCAACAUUUUGGCCGCCCUGAAGCUGCCACCACAACGGGCGCCGCUGGGGAGAACAACGUCAUGGUGGGCUGGCUUCGUUGAAGUCACGCAGCAGAUCCGAUAUCAUGGACAAUUCAUAUCGCUCCGCAGCAGAAGUCAAGCUCAUCACUCAAAACCUGAGUCUAUCCUUGCUCUCUGCUCAACCUGGUUCUAUCUUGUGUCUGUAUCAUCAGUAUUUCCAUUUCCUCGGCUUCCUCUUGUUUCAAACCUUAUGAAAUCUUAGAAUAAGCAUGGAAGGACAUUCGACAGCCUCUGAUCCACAUAUUAGUAAUGUGGUAGGUAAUAUUAGGCUCUUUUUUUUCAA